CUUAAGACUGAACUUGUGAGUGAUGCGUUCCACUGUUCUUCUGGAGCUCAGACAGACUGUGAUCUCGCCAUGUUUAUCCACUGUGAACUGGUGAUGCUGAUACUUGCACUGACUCUUGAUGGUCAAGUUCACACAGGGCAAAUCUAUGGAGGCCACGAGGUUGUACCACAUAGCAGGCCAUACAUGGUGCUUUUGGAGCAGCACAUGGAGGAUGGCAGUAAAAAACACUGUGGUGGCUUCCUCCUGAAUGAGGAUUUUGUGAUGACUGCAGCCCACUGCCAAGCCAAGUCCUACACAGUUUUACUUGGAGUUCACAAUGUCCAUGAAAAUCAUAACAUAAAGCGUAUAUCUGUGAAAGAAGAAUUUCCACAUAAAGACUACAAUGAAAUUGAAUACAAAAAUGACAUAAUGCUUCUUAAGAUGAGCUCCAAGGCAACUUUCAGCAAAAAUGUGAGCCCCAUUCCUCUCGCAGGCAAAGAUGAUGGCUCACUGCCAAAAUCAUGUACAGUCUCUGGCUGGGGAAGAAGCGACAAAAACGUGAAGUUUAUGUGUCAUGUGCUCAUGGAAGUUAAUGUAACACUCAUUGAAAAUGAGCAGUGUGCUGCAGAUAAGUUGUACUGCUCUGAGGGAGAGACUGGACCAGGGAGACUCUGGUGGUCCAUUGGUCUGCAACGAUGGAAAGGCGUACGGGGUGGUGUCCCACAGCUUCACACCAGACUCAGGGGCCGCAUUUCACUGUAA